CACUCAAAAUCUAACCCAAAUCCACGGCCGAACUUUGACGGUACAGCCAUAGACUCGUAGAAGCAUACUCACCAUCGGCGAAUGCACCACCGCGACCCCGAUCCACUCCGGCGAGCUCCCGAGGCCACUGGCAUGCCCGCGGACAGCUGCCACUCCCGUAGCAUGUCGUGGUUCGUCAAGUCCUGCAUCCCUGCCGACCCCGACCGCCACAUCUCCGUCCCCGUCCCCGUCCCAGUCCCCAUCCCCGCUCCUGCCGCUGCUUCCUCCACCACCAGCCUCUGCUUCUCCGCCCAACCACCACCGCCCAUCUCCGCGCUGCCCGACGACCUCAUCCUCGAGUGCCUUGUCCGCGUGCCCAGGGUCUCCCUCCCGCCGCUCCCCGCCGUCUGCCGCCGCUUCGCCGACCUCCUCGCGUCCCACGCCUUCCUCCAGCUCCGCCGCGCGCGCGGUCAGCUCCAGCCCUCCCUGCUCGCCGUCUCCGUCCCCGACCACGGCGGCGCCUUUGCCCAGGCCCUGCUCCAGUUCCGGCCGGAGCAGCAGCAGCUCCAGGUCACCGCGCUGCCGCUGCCGCUGGCCCUGCUGCAUUGCGGCCGCUCCGUGUUCGCGCACGCGCGCGCCGUCGCGCUGGGCCGCGAGAUCUUCCUCGUCGGCCGCGGCGCCACGCUGCGGGUGGACGCGCUCACGGGUGCCGCGCGCGCGUGUGCACCCACGCUGUUCCCGCGGAAGAAGUUCGCGGCCGCCGCCGUGGGAGGGCGGAUCUACGUCGCCGGCGGGUCCGCGCGGACCGCGGCGGUCGAGGAGUACGACCCGGUGGCAGACGCGUGGCGCGUGGUGUCCGAGGCGCCGCGGAGGAGGUACGGGUGCGCCGGGGCCGGGGCCGGCGGGGUGUUCUACGUGGCCGGCGGGGUCGCGGUGUCCGGCGACGGAGCGCGGGCGCUCGGGGCGCACGUGUGCGCCGGGUCGGUGGACGCGCUGCACGUCGCGUCCGGCACCUGGGCGCGCCCGCGGGCGCUGCCCGGCGGCGGCUGCGUCGUGGGCGCCUGCGGCGUCGGCGACCAUCUCUACGUCGUGGCCAGCCACGCGGUGGAGCUUUCCUUCUGGAGGUGGCACGGUGGUGCCGGCCGAGGCAGCGAUCUCAGAGCUGGUGGCGGGUGGGUGGCGCUCGAGGCCCCGCCCAUGCCGAGGGGGUCGGUGGGGCUGGGCAUGGCGGUGCGGGUGACGAUGGCUGGCAUCGGGCGUGAGACAGUGACAGCCGUAAUGAGCGCGGCGGCAGUCCGGGGCCACAAUGCGGCGGGCGCCGGCCCGUUCGAAGGGAUGGUGCUGGCGUACGACAUCGCCGGCGGCAAGUGGAACCGCGCGCCGGACCUGCCACCCGGGUUCCGGCGAGCCGCCUGUGCGGGCGUCGAGUGCUGACAGCGUGGGCCACUGACAUUUGUGGCUGUUCGGUGGGAUUGACACGGUGUGCAAGUAAACGCUGGGUUUGUUUGAUUUGAUUUGACUUGAUGCUACAUUUUCGUGUAUUGUUAUUGAGCUGAGGUUGGUUUAUUCGAGUACAGUUCUUAACUAUUGAUGCCGAAAUUUGGCGUCGUAUUCAGUUUUCCAAA